GGUGGGGAUGGGGACGCCGGAGCGGGGCGGUCGAGGCAGCUGGUGCUGCUGACCGCACACCCAGAGCCUGGAACCGGCGGCGGCAGAACCCGGGGCAGUGUAUCUUCUAAUCUGAAAAAGUCUUCCACAAAAGGCUUCACCUUUUAAAAAUAAGUAAUGCCAUCUGUUUUCCUAAAAGACUGAAAUGGGGGCCAAUGUUUUGAGAGCCACAUGGUUAUGAAUGUGCUUCAAUUUCAUAAUGCCUCCUGCUAUGGCAGACAUCCUUGACAUCUGGGCAGUGGAUUCACAGAUUGCAUCUGAUGGCUCUAUACCUGUGGAUUUCCUUUUGCCCACUGGUAUAUAUAUCCAGUUGGAGGUACCUCGAGAAGCUACCAUUUCUCAUAUUAAGCAGAUGUUAUGGAAACAAGUUCACAGUUACCCGAUGUUUAACCUCCUUAUGGAAAUUGACUCCUAUAUGUUUGCAUGUGUGAAUCAAACUGCUGUAUAUGAGGAACUAGAAGAUGAAACAAGAAGACUCUGUGAUGUCAGACCUUUUCUUCCAGUUCUCAAACUAGUGACAAGAACUUGUGAUCCAGGGGAAAAAUUAGAUUCAAAAAUUGGAGUCCUUAUAGGAAAAGGUCUGCAUGAAUUUGAUGCCUUGAAGGAUCCUGAAGUGAAUGAAUUCCGAAGAAAAAUGCGCAAAUUCAGUGAGGAAAAGAUUCAGUCACUUGUGGGAUUGUCUUGGAUGGACUGGCUAAAGCAAACAUACCCACCGGAGCAUGAACCAUCCAUCCUUGAAAACUUAGAAGAUAAACUUUAUGGAGGAAAGCUCAUUGUGGCUGUUCACUUUGAAAAUUGUCAGGAUGUGUUUAGUUUUCAAGUUUCUCCCAAUAUGAAUCCUAUCAAAAUAAAUGAAUUGGCAAUUCAAAAACGUUUGACUAUUCAUGGGAAAGAAGAUGAAGUUAGCCCUUAUGACUAUGUAUUGCAAGUCAGUGGGAGAGUAGAGUAUGUGUUUGGUGACCAUCCACUAAUUCAGUUCCAGUAUAUCCAAAAAUGUGUAAUGAACAGGACUCUGCCACACUUUACACUUGUGGAAUGCUGCAAGAUCAAGAAGAUGUAUGAACAGGAAAUGAUUGCCAUAGAGGCUGCUAUAAAUCGAAAUUCAUCUAACCUUCCUCUUCCUUUACCACCAAAGAAAACACGAAUUAUUUCUCAUGUUUGGGAAAAUAAUCACCCUUUCCAAAUUGUCUUGGUUAAGGGAAAUAAACUUAACACAGAAGAAACUGUAAAAGUUCACGUCAGGGCUGGUCUCUUUCAUGGUACUGAGCUCCUUUGUAAAACUGUUGUAAGCUCAGAAAUAUCAGGAAAAAAUGAUCACAUUUGGAAUGAAUCACUGGAAUUUGAUAUUAAUAUUUGUGACCUGCCAAGGAUGGCUCGAUUAUGUUUUGCUGUUUAUGCAGUUUUGGAUAAAGUGAAAACGAAGAAGUCAACUAAAACUAUUAAUCCCUCUAAAUAUCAGACCAUCAGGAAAGCUGGAAAAGUGCAUUAUCCUGUAGCAUGGGUAAAUACGAUGAUUUUUGACUUUAAAGGACAGCUGAGAUCUGGAGAUAUAAUAUUGCACAGCUGGUCUUCAUUUCCUGAUGAACUUGAAGAAAUGUUGAAUCCAAUGGGAACCGUUCAAACAAAUCCAUAUACCGAAAAUGCAACAGCUUUGCAUAUUAAAUUCCCGGAGAAUAAAAGGCAACCUUAUUAUUAUCCUCCCUUUGAUAAGAUUAUUGAAAAGGCAGCUGAGAUUGCAAGCAGUGAUAGUGCUAAUGUAUCAAGUCGAGGUGGAAAAAGGUUUCUUGCCGUACUGAAAGAAAUCUUGGACAGGGAUCCCUUAUCUCAACUGUGUGAGAAUGAAAUGGAUCUUAUUUGGACUUUGCGACAAGAUUGCAGAGAGAAUUUUCCACAGUCACUGCCAAAAUUACUGCUGUCUAUCAAGUGGAAUAAACUUGAGGAUGUUGCUCAGCUUCAGGCGCUUCUUCAGAUAUGGCCUAAACUGCCCCCUCGGGAAGCCCUGGAGCUUCUGGAUUUCAACUAUCCGGACCAGUACGUGCGGGAAUAUGCUGUGGGCUGCCUGCAACAGAUGAGUGAUGAAGAACUCUCUCAAUAUCUUUUACAACUGGUACAAGUUUUAAAAUAUGAGCCUUUUCUUGAUUGUGCCCUUUCUCGAUUCCUAUUAGAAAGAGCACUUGCUAAUCGGAGGAUAGGGCAGUUUCUAUUUUGGCAUCUUAGGUCAGAAGUGCACAUUCCUGCUGUCUCAGUUCAAUUUGGUGUCAUCCUUGAAGCAUACUGCCGGGGAAGUGUAGGACACAUGAAAGUACUUUCCAAGCAGGUUGAAGCACUCAAUAAGUUAAAAACUUUAAAUAGUUUAAUCAAACUGAAUGCAAUGAAGCUGAACAGAACCAAAGGGAAGGAGGCCAUGCACACCUGUCUGAAACAGAAUGCUUACCGGGAAGCUCUCUCUGAUCUGCAGUCACCUCUGAACCCUUGUGUCAUCCUCUCAGAACUCCAUGUUGAAAAGUGCAAAUACAUGGAUUCCAAAAUGAAGCCUUUGUGGCUGGUGUAUAAUAAUAAGGUGUUUGGUGAGGAUUCAGUUGGAGUGAUUUUUAAAAAUGGAGAUGUAUGUUGUCUCUUAGACUUACGACAGGAUAUGUUGACACUCCAAAUGCUGCGCUUGAUGGAUUUACUCUGGAAAGAAGCUGGUCUGGAUCUUCGGAUGCUACCUUACGGCUGUUUAGCAACAGGAGAUCGAUCUGGCCUCAUUGAGGUUGUGAGCACCUCUGAAACAAUUGCCGAUAUUCAGCUGAACAGUAGCAACGUGGCUGCUGCAGCAGCCUUCAACAAAGACGCCCUUCUGAACUGGCUUAAAGGAUACAAUUCUGGGGAUGACCUUGACCGAGCCAUUGAGGAAUUUACUCUGUCCUGUGCCGGCUACUGUGUAGCUUCUUAUGUACUUGGGAUUGGUGACAGACAUAGUGACAACAUCAUGGUCAAGAAAACUGGGCAGCUCUUCCACAUUGACUUUGGACAUAUUCUGGGAAACUUCAAGUCUAAAUUUGGCAUUAAAAGGGAGCGAGUGCCUUUUAUUCUUACCUAUGAUUUCAUUCAUGUCAUUCAACAAGGAAAAACAGGGAACACAGAAAAGUUUGGCCGUUUCCGCCAGUGUUGUGAGGAUGCAUAUCUGAUUUUACGACGACAUGGGAAUCUCUUCAUCACUCUGUUUGCACUGAUGUUGACUGCAGGGCUUCCUGAGCUCACAUCAGUCAAGGAUAUACAGUAUCUCAAGGACUCUCUUGCCUUAGGGAAGAGUGAAGAAGAAGCACUCAAACAAUUUAAGCAAAAAUUUGAUGAGGCGCUCAGGGAAAGCUGGACUACUAAAGUGAACUGGAUGGCCCACACAGUUCGGAAAGAUUACAGGUCUUAAUGAUCAGCCUUUGCUCCUAAUGUAUUUGUUGGUUUCAUUGAGUUUUCAUUUUGCACUUGCACUAAAUUGAAGAUGAUUCUGCCAGAGAUGUUAUAAAGGGAAUGAAAUUCUGGAACUCAGAAUUAAAGUAAGAACAAGGCAUCCCACCGAAACUAACUUGAACAAUCCCUGAUGACCACCUCUGCUUUUUGAAUGCUUGACCAAAACUCGUAAUGAAAACUGUCAACAUUAUGGAUAAUCAUUUCCUGCAGACUUUGCACGCCAAGGAAUGCUACUAGAGAUGUUUUCUCUCUCUUUUUUUAAUGUGUUUGGUACUUUUACAGAAAGGUGUAAAUACUUUUUUUCAAUAUUGUGAGCAAGUGUGUUUUCAUUCAGCCAACGUAUCCACACCUUGGGGCUGGUGGCUGUUCUUACUUUCCAAAUGAGGCUUAAAAGAAGGUAUCUUUCUUCCCUUUUAAAAUUAUGUAAAUUAAAAAUUAUGAUAUAAUUUGAAAGUAUGAUUUUUUCAAAAGAAAUAUUUUAAACCUGUGAAAACUUGUUCAUUCUUUUGUUAAUAUUUAUCUUCCAUGAUAGCAUCAUUCCUUCCAUACUUGCUGAAAAUCUAUUGGUGAGGCAAAUAUUAUAUAUAUAUAUAUAAUAUAUGCUGCAUAUAUAUUUAUAAAAUUUCUUGUGGGAGUUCUAUAUAAAAAGAUAUUUCUUUGGUUUUUUUUUUCCCCAGCCUGAGUUUUAAAAUUUUACAGAAAGCAGAGCUUUUUCUUAAGUUAAUUUUCACUUAACUGUGUGAUCCAAUUCUUCCAGCUGCUUCUGUAAUGAGGCACAUAUUAAUACAGUUUUUACAUGGUAUCUAUGAAAGAGUUUGCUUCAUCAAGCAUAAUACUUGAGCAAAUCCAUCCAAGAAAGAAAGCAAAUGAAAAGAGAACUGUUCUAUUUAUGGAAUAAACUCCAGACCUAAAAUUCAGUAUUUUAUUGAAACGACAGCUGUUCUUACUGUAUUUAUUAAAACUUGUAGUAAUGUGAUUUUCAAGGAUGGUCAUUCAAAUUGAAAUGGUUUCAUGCCAUACAGGAUUCUUUAAUUUAUUUGUUAAGGUACCAUAUCUUUAGGGUGCUAGAUGGCAAAUAGUAUUAAUAUGUGCAAUAGGAACUACUGGUUUGAAUGCAUAAAUGGGUGCUUUCUCUGAAAACUGGCAACAUCCAGAAAAACUACUGCUUAUUCUCCAAAGAAUAUUGGGAGCUCUUAAUCUUCAAUAACAUGGGAAAGAGAACUGAAUAUUUGCCCUGUGACUGGGUUUUCUAUAGGAAUUUCAUUAAAGAUUGUUUAAUUUUGUCGUCUUC